GAGUGGAAGGCGAGGAUGGCGGCGUCUAUAGAUGUGUUUUGGCGAUGUUGUGGACCCAGGUGUUUAUCGCCACGAAGCAACAUGAAAACACUGCCGGGGAUUGCUGUGUUUUCCGCCUUAUUAUGCUGUGUCCAGGCUGUGUCCUACAAACCCAGCGAUGAGGUGAUACUCUACGUGAACAAGGUGGGGCCCUACUUCAACCCCCAUGAGACUUACCAUUACUACCAGCUGCCUGUGUGUCGGCCCUCCAUUAUUGAGCACAAGUCCUUAUCGCUCGAAGUGCUGGAUGGCGACCGCAUGGCAAAAUCCAACUACAUCAUCAAAUUCAAAGAGAACAUCGAGGACCACAAGCUGUGUGACUUGCAGCUGUCGGAGGAGGAGGUGCAGUACCUGAAGGAAGCCAUCGAGGAGAACUACUACUAUGAGUUUGUGGUGGACGACAUCCCUGUGAGAGACUUUGUGGGUCAUUUGGAAGAGUCUGGCUUUGUCCCCCACACUCACAAGGUCUUCCUGUGGACCCACCAACACUUCAAUAUUCUCUUCAAUGACGAUAAGAUCAUCUAUAUCAACACCACCAAGGAACACGGACCCAUCAGCCUGGAUGACGUGGAGCCACCCAUUACUGUCAAGAUCACCUAUUCUGUCACAUGGAUACCCACCAAGAUCAGCUAUGCGAACCGAGGCCGAGUGAUUCAGGACAGUAACUUCUUCCCUCGGAGUCUGGAGAUACACUGGCUGUCCAUCAUUAACUCCAUGGUGCUGGUCUUCCUUCUCAUGGGGUUCGUUGUUAUCAUUCUGACAAGGGUGCUGAGAAACGACUUUGCACGCUACAAUGUUAAUGAGGAAGGGCGGGAGGACGUGGACAGCGAUGAGUACGGCUGGAAGAUCAUUCAUACCGAUGUGUUCCGCUUCCCUAAACAGAAGUCACUCUUUGCCGCCAUCCUCGGCGUGGGGUGUCAGUUCCUGGCGGUGGCGGUGGGCAUCAUCGGCAUGGCACUGAUGGGGAUGUUCAAUGUUCAUCGCCACGGCUCCAUGAACAGUGCCGCCAUCUUCCUGUACGCCCUGGCCUCCACCAUCGCCGGCUAUGUCUCCUCCUCCUACUACCGCAUGAUGGGGGGUACCAAGUGGAUCGCUAAUGUCAACCUCACCACUAUUCUGUUUGCUGGUCCGUUCUUCCUGAUAUGGAGUGUGCAGAACUCGGUGGCGUGGGCGUACAAGUCCACCCAGGCGCUGCCCUUCACCACCAUCCUGCUGCUCUUCGCUGUCUGGAUCUGCAUUGGCUACCCCCUGACUGUGUUCGGUGGUAUUCUGGGCAAGAACUCACGGAUAGAAUUCAACUUUCCGUGCCGCACCAAGAACAUCGCAAGAGAAAUUCCUGCCGUGCCCUGGUACCGCUCACACUGGGCCCACUCUGCUGUUGGGGGCUUCCUUCCCUUCAGUGCAAUAAGCGUGGAGAUGUACUACAUAUUCUCCACACUCUGGGGGCGCGAGCAGUACACACUUUAUGGCAUUCUGGGAGUAGUGUUUGUCAUCCUCCUGAGUGUCACCGCCUGUGUGUCCGUGGCCCUGACUUACUUCCAGCUGUCUGCGGAAGAUUACAGGUGGUGGUGGCGGUCUGUCUUCAGUGCUGGAUCAACAGGAGGCUUCGUGCUCAUGUACUGCAUCUUCUACUACCUCAAGCGAUCCAACAUGUCGGGCGGACUUCAGACCAUUGAGUUCAUUGGCUGGGCUUUCCUCACCUGCUAUGUGUUUUUCCUCACCCUGGGCACUGUCUCCUUCCUGGCCUCCCUCUGCUUCGUCAAGUACAUCUACCGCAACAUCAAGAUGGACUAGUGAGGGAGGGAGGGCUUGUGAGGUGUCCCAUCACAUUCCUGUCCACUAACACAUUGUAUAUCUAAGUCUGGUGUUCUCUUGAGUGGGGCGACUGUGCAUCUUGAGUGGGUUUCCUGACUCCCUAGCUGGCUCUUCUAGUACCUGGCUAUACUUAAGCUAUCAUGCCGGCAACACCAUCGCUGCAGGAGUGUGUCUGGUCGGGGCUGACAUUUGGUUCAUAUUCUCAAACACUUGUGCGCUUCACCUCCACUAUUUCACAAGGCUUUAUAUAAGUUUAUGAGUUUUUAAAGGUGUUUUUACAGUUCUAGACACAGAUUAACAAGAUUUCUACAUUAUUAACUGGGGAAACACUCUUGAAAACCUGGCUAAUCAUCUCUGUGGUCUUGGAAAAUAGUCACGGUGAGAGACCAAAACCGUUUUUUUUAAUAUGAACCUGAGUGUGAGGGUCUGGCAGGGUGUUGUGGUGGUGUGUUUCAAAGCCACACUGGUCUAGUCUCCACCAUUUGUCAGGCUGGAGGUGCAGAGGUGAGGUGAUGGUUGGUCCCUGUAUUACACCCAGAGGGGCCUGUUUGUGCCUUAGUGGUGCAGGAAGGGUGCCCUGGUGUGCCUCUGGGUGCUGGGUGCUCCUCUGUUCACCAAGAAAGGUAUUGUGUCUCCUAGGGUGUGUAUGAGUGUGUAGUGUGUCAGUUUGGGGUGUAUUUAUGUGUUUGGUGAAGGAAGGUUAGUGGAAGGGAGUGUGUGAGUGUGUAGCCUUUCUAUGUACACUACUUACCUUACCACACCUUCACCUCGUCUCAGUGGCCAGUGUCGGCUUCACGUCCACGGCAAUGUGUGUGUGUGGCUUUUUUUUGCACAAAGUUUAACGAAGUACAGUGUGGUUGUGAGGGAGGUGAGGACUAGCACACAAACACACACACACACACACACACACACACACACACACACACACACACACACACACACACACACACACACACACACACACACACACACACACACACACUGGCUGGGUGACCAGCAGGCGACCGAGGUGAAUUACACACACACACACACACACACACACACACACACACACACACACACACACACACACACACCAGUAAGCAGUAGCAGUUCAGGAGCAGAAGUGUUGGUGGUGAUGGUGGUUUUGGUGGUUGUGAUGGCGGUGGUGUGGUCCUGACAGCUCUCGGUGUGAUGGUGGUGGUGGUGGUGGUGGUGCAGUACUCCACGUCAUUCUCCUGAGGCAGUGUAGCAGGUUGUAAGCAUCAGUGAAUCAGUAUUGAUCAUUUUGUUGUUGUUGUUGUGUGCAUGUGUGUGUGUGUGUGUGUGUGUGUGUGAUUAGAUACAAAAUUAAGAUCUAAAAUUUAAAAAUGGGCAGAUCUGAUUUAUUUCAAAGAGUGAUUAGCAAAUCAAAAGGCUUGAAGGCGUGUGCCACUGAUUACUGCCGCCUCUUCACUUUUUGUCGUUGCUGCUGAUUGUAUGAAUUUGAUUUCAUUAAUCUUGUGUUUCUUUGUAGAUUAUUUGUAGUUUAGCAAAGUUGUCUGUUGAAUAUCAUAUAAUAUUUUGUAUAUGUUUAUUUAUAGUGACAUUACAUGUUGAGAGAUAUAUAAGUGCAUUUUAUCAAUAUUACUGGAUGGAAUUCAAAUGUCAAUUUUUAUUGUGUGUUUUCUGGCACCGUCACUUCCCACAUGGCCCUCCCUCCGCCACAUGUCUCACGCAGCCGUGCUGUGCUGCUCUGUGUUGCACUGCCAGCUGGCAGCUGAGGUCUGCCCCACCACAGCCAAGGCGUGGGCAGUGGCUUGGCAGCGGCAACAUGUCAUGUGCUGCCAAGGCGCAGGGUUUCAUUAAAAGUUGCACAACACAUUACCCAAGUGACAAGUGCAGGGCAAGGACUGCCGCGGACAUGUUGCAUAUCAAAGACUGUGCUGACAGUGUGUCUCGUGCUGAGUGUUGCUCAAGGAGGGCAAGUGUGCAGAGUGGCCCGGUGUGGGAGUGGCCAGACCGUGCAGGAUGGAGGGGGUGCCAGCUCCUGCAGCCAGCAGGCCGGCAGUGGUGUGGUGGUGUGGUGGUGGUGGCAGCAGGUGUGUGACGGACAGCUUGCCUUGCCGAUCUGUCCUUUGGUGGUGAUUCUCUUUCUCUCUCUCUAGGCUCUGGGCCUUCCCUUCCUCUCCCUGCUGUCUGUCUUAAGGAUAAAGGUUGUAAUAUUAACUGUAACUAUAACACUGCAGUGCGUAUGUGUGUUGUUAUGCGACCUGACCAGAAAGGUUGCUACCAUUUUAGAAAUGGAUGUUUAGCAUAGAGUAAUAUUCAGGGUUAAACUGGGAAAUUACUAUAAUGUGUGCAUGGUUUUUGAUAUAGUGAUACUUGUUAUCAUGGAGCAAAUGUGCUGCUUGUGUGGUUGUCAGGAAGUUUUGUACUUGUGUGUACGCUUACUCCUUCACAAGGUAUUAGCACCCUAGUCCCGGGGAGGAGCCCAGAUGUGAGUGAGGCACUGUGGUGUUGUGGCGCCUCACACACCACAUGGUGGGGGUGCAGGCUGCCGGGCACCACACACCACACCAGCAGCAUCAUGUCUCACCACUCCUCCCAGCAGCCUCCCAGUGGUGGCUCAGGCUGCUGUGUCUGCCAUGCAUUUGACUCAAGGUGCAGUGGAGGUGGUGUGUUGCAUCUCGCCUCACCUCAUUCCCUCACCUUCCUUUGUUCAUGCUGUACACCCACACAAAAAGUUGAGUCCUCUGAUAGCUGUGUAGUUUUUCUUUCCAUUGUUUCUUGAUUCUUGUAUUGAUUUGUAUGUAUAGCAAGUUUCAGUUUCAUUACCUAAAGAUCAUUCUGUAUAUUUGGUCAGAAUUCUUGUAACAUUUGCACUCAUUACCAUUGCAUUGAGAAGUUUUUUUUUGUCUCACAUCCUCUGGUCUGGUGACACUUGUAAAAACAGAAAACUGAUGGAUUCUCUGCAGAUCUGAGGCUUAGAUUGGAAGGGAAUACUAAACACAGUGGUGGUGCAAGAGAAUGUUACUUAACUUUCUCCAAUGCCCAGACUGAAGCUCCCUCAGUAGAUGACCAAGGCAGAGCAACACACAUCCUCAAACAUUCCCUCAAGCCAAGACAUUAAUAACUUUUUCUUGGGGGAAAGGGGGGCUAACUCUCGGACCUGCAAGGGGACUGGCAAUUUACUGGGCCUUUUUUUAUUCAUUUUUUCUUGCCCUUAGUCAGCUUUCCCCUCUUACAUAAAGAAAAAAAUCAGUCUUUGGAGCUGAUUAGGGAAUGAAAGCAGUCACAUGCACAAAUGUACACAUGAAUUAUCCAUGUGAGGCACAAAAAAGCUUAACUCCUGACUGUGGAUUUACAAAAGUUGAGUUUAUUUAAAUGACUUACCCUGAGACACUCCAAAAAAUAUGACAUAGGAUAGUUUGCCUCACACACUCCUGAUCCUGAGCAAAACAACACCACUGGAACCUUCUUUGCCUGUGAGUGACGGUGUGAGUGGGUGCGUCAGUGGUGGGCUGCCAUGAUGCUUUGUGAGUGGCUGCCUUCACUGUUAAUGCAGGCUGUGGAAGGCUAGUGAAGGUUUUGCUAUCUUCAGUGAGGGAAGUGGAUGAAGGUUAUGAGUAUUUCUAAGAGUGAGGGAGUGGUUUUCUCUACUUAUCAAUGUAAUGCAAAGAGUGAAAGUCUGAGGAAGAUGACUGUCUCAUUGUUUUCAUCUUAGAGAGAAAAGUGAACUAGAUGAAGAUUGUUUUUGCUAGCAUUUGUAAGAAAGAGGGAGUGAUUUAAAGACAGAUUUACAGAGAGAGAGGAUAGUGAGUGAAGAUUGUUUUUGCUAGUAUUUGUAAGAGUGAGGGAGCAAUUUAUUUGGCCUAUUCACACAAUGCAAAGAGUGAAAGUCUGAUGAAGAGAGAGGGAAGUAGAUGGUGAUUAUUUUCACUUAUGUUUGUAAGAGUGAGGGAGGGAUUUAAAAGGGGAGAUUUAGUGAGGUUUAGAGAAGGAGAGGGAAGCAGAUGAAGACUGUUUUCACUAGUGAGGGAGUGAUUUACUUCUCUUAUACCCAAUGCAGACACUAUUACUGUUGAAUGUACAAGAUGAAAGUUAGAAGAAUGUAACAUAAUAAGUGUUUUGUAAGGAGAUGAAAGUUACGCAGGUUUCAGUAUUAUAAGGUGUGGUGAUGGGACUCCUGUAAUUGAGUACUAGUGACAUGAGUGGUGACCAGAUAGACCACCACUAACAUGUCCAGCUGCCUUGAGAAGCGACGCCACAUCAAACGAGACACUGUAGAUACAAAAUCAGUAUUGUAAGGUGAUGUAUAGGGGUUCUGAAGGUAGAAAUAAGGAGCAACGACUUAGCACCACAAAAUUAACAAAUCCUGCUGUCUGAAGAAGCAAUAAUACAAUAGAAAAGAUCAUUCAAGCACGCAAUAAUAAUCCGACAACCUCAUCCACUUUCCGUUUUAAUUUACAAAAGGAAAAGAAAAGAAUAUUCACACCCCGAAAAAACAAUACAAAACAUUUUAUUUAUUUACUUUUUUAUUUAUACCAUGUGGGCUUUUCAAGGGAAUUUAUUGGCUGAAGGAGAUACUUUUCUUGGGUAACCUCCUAUCUGAAAGCCCACCAGUUAGGGAACCAUUACCCCAAGUAAGGAACCACUACCUACAUUCCAAAUGUGGCCAGAAUUCAAACUCAUGCACUUGGAAACCUCUCAGAUCCCAAAGCGCUCAUUGUAACACUGUAUUUUUCUUUCUACAGUGGAAGAGAAGGAGGUGAAGCUUGAGCACAGUAAUAAAAAAGACACCACUAUGGAAGGCAUGUCGAGUGUGUUACCUGGUGUGUUACUGAUCGCUGUGUGCAGGAAACGUGCUUGACUGAUACUGUGCAGCUUGUUGAGUUUGUAUACGUGCUUCUAAUUGGCACUGUAUACUGUGUGUGUGUGUGUGUGUGUGUGUGUGAUAUGAUAAGGGUGCUUGAGUUCAACCCUUUGUAUUCUUUAAAUGUGUAUGUGCAUGUGUGUGUAUGAUUUGGUAAUGAGUUUUGAAUUUACUGUCAGUUUUCUUUAUGUGUGUGUGUGUGUGUGUGUGUGUGUGUGUGUGUGUUUGAUUUAAUAAGGGUGCUGAAUAUGCUGUUUCUAUAUUUUAUGUGUGUGUGUGUGUGUGUGUGUGUGUCCAUGUGUGUAUUUUUCAAGAUUCAAACUCACAAUAUUCAUUCCUUUGAUACCAGAACACAUAUAUCUUUGUUCUUUUAGUCAAUAUUCAGAUUACAACUUCCACUCACUCACCAUUUCUAGCAAUGCACUCCACUAAUCCAUUAUUCUAACUUGAAACAAUUAUUAAUUUCUUUAUGUUUUUGUAAGGCAUUGUUCUGUUUCUUGCUAAUUUUCACAUCAAUUCAAUUUUUUUUUUUUACUUCUAGCAAUGCAUUCCACUUAACCCUUCUUGAAAUAACUACUAAUUUCUUUGUUUUCAUAAGGCAUUGUUCUGUUUCUUGCUAAUUUUCACUUCGAUUAAGUUUUUCUUGACAGUCUUCACCUUUACUGUUGAUCAAGCUGAGGUGUUUCUUCUUGUUCCACCACGAAAUACUGUGUUGCAUAUAUUUUGCUCUCUUUUCUAGUUGUCCUUGUUUAUAUUUCCAUUUAUUUAUUUUUUUUUAUUUAUUUCAUUUUUGCUUUUCUUGUUCAUGUUUUUGUUUUUUUCUUCUUCUUUUCUUCUUCUACUAUUACUACUUAUUAUUAUUAUCAUUAUUAUUAUUAUCAUUAUUAUUAUCAUUAUGUUUAUUCUCCUACUUUUAUCUCUUUUUGAUGUUUAUUUAGAUCCUUUCUCCUCACCUGAACAUUAUGCUAUCUAAAAUUUGUCAACAUAUUUUACAUACUAUUUUUUUUUUAUUCAUUUAUUUUUAUAUAGACUAUUCAUUCAUUUUUCCUUCUCUGUUGUGGAUGUUUUAUUUAGAUUUUCUCUCCAUAACUAAACAUUACACUGCUUAAAACUGUUACCAUAUUUAAUUCAUUCUUUUUAUCUUUUUUUUUUUUCAUUUAUUUUUAUUUAUUCACUUUUUUUUCUUUCUUCUUGUCACUUAUUAAUGUUUUAUUUAGAUUUUUUCCUCCACAGAUCAACAUUGUACUGCUUAAAAAAUUGUUAACAUUUUAUUCUAUUUAUCUUUUUUUAUUCAUUUCUUUUCAUAUAUUCAUUAAUUUCCCUCAUUUCUUAAUCUUUAUUGAUGUCAGGAUGUGUUUGAGUGUAUAUUUUCUGUCACUUAAAUAUAUCGCUUGGGUUUUCCUUCUCCUUCAUGUCACACCACACAAGGCAGAAUAAAAUCAGACAUGGGGUUUGAUUUCUAUUGUAUGUGUGUAUGUAUGUGUAUGCCGCUUGUUGAAAGACUUGCAAAUAUAUGAUAAACAGUCA